ACUGAAUACGUGCCGUCAAAUAUGACAGAACACAGUUCCUUUUGCCGUCACUCUUCUUCAAGUCAAUUUCGUCUAUUCUAAACAGCCGAAAUUUCCGGUUUAUCACGAAAUUGCGGCCUCAACCUAAAGAUUAUUGAGGAAAUGAGGAUGUGCCUAAAGCUGUAGCCCAACAAAAAGAGAAUGUCUUCCGUUAGCUCGUCUAAAAUCAUAAAAUUUUGUCAUCUAAAGAACCAGUUCCUAGCUGUGAUUUGUGCAAAUCUAGCUUGUGUGGCGCAUGGUGGAUCAUCGGGAUGGCUUUCACCUGCUCUAUUAGUAUUGCAAUCGGAUAGUACUCCGCUCAUCAAUGGUCCCAUAAACAAUGAAAUGGCAUCAUGGCUCGGAGCAUCUGCCUACAUUGGAGGCUUUUGCGGAAACUUUAUUUUUAUGGCAAUUUUGAGAUAUUUCGGCAGAAAGAAAACUUUUUGUGUACUGGCGUUGCCUAAUUUGGCAUUCUGGAUCACCGUAACAAUUACUACUCGGAUUGAACUGUUGUGUUUAGGUCGUUUUUUAGCCGGACUAUCAUGCGGCGGAACUUUUGUUUGUGUCCCAUUAUUUGUGGCAGAAAUCGCUGACGAUCACAUUCGAGGUGUUCUGGGAUCUUUUCUGAUCAUCUCUACUUGCUUUGGAGUAAUGAUUUCCUACAUCGCUGGCGCGUAUUUAACUUAUAGCACGACACCGUAUGUUAUAAUGAUAUUUCCGAUAGCAUUCACGAUCUCAUUUCUACUGUUGCCGGAAUCUCCAAACGAUUUGAUGAAGCAGAAACGAUUCGAUGAUGCAGCGAAGUCACUACGGUUUUACAAGAACUGCUACAAAGACACCAAAGAAGAAAACGAGAGAUUCCUGAAAGAAUGGGAUAAUGUUGAACUGAUAGCUAGACAAUCCUUAGACAGAGGCGAGAAAGUUUCGCUUGGUGAUUUCUGUACUCAAGAAGCCCGCAUCGGACUACUGAAAGCAUUCUGUAUCAUCGGUUUGAAUCUGUUCAGCGGUUCAGCGGUUCUAAUGAAUUACGCCACCAUCAUUUUCAAAGACUCCGGAUCGAAACUAGACCCAAGUUUGUCGUCCAUCAUCAUGAUUACGAUACAAUUGAUUGCAACGACAAUAUCCACAACUUUGAUCGAUAAUGUGGGACGACGAUUUCUACUGAUUGUUUCGUCACUGGGCACUUCCAUUGGUCUGUCUAUGAUGGGAGCGUACGCCUAUCUGUCGUAUAACAAGUACGAAUUGGACGGAUAUGAUUGGGUGCCCGUGACCAGUAUCUCAUUUUGUGUGUUUAUGGCUUACAUUGGACUGGUGCCGUUGCUAUUCGUUCUUUUGAUGGAAGUUCUCCCGGUGAAGAUCCGUUCAUUAGGCACAUCGUACUGCCUGUUGCUGGUCAGUGUAUUUUUGUUCACAAUCGUUAAAUUCUAUCCCACAUUGGCGGCCAUUAUUCAUUUACAUUGGUGCAUGUGGAUAUUUUCGGCGAUAAGCGUGUUAGGAGUGCUAUUCGGUUUGUUUAUGCUGGAAGAGACCAAAGGAAAGAACAUAAAUGUUGAAUGAAUCUCUGAGGCCUAUUGUAUCCGAUGAGGAAUGGUAAUUUAUGCCGUUGUUGGUAAGUUAUUAUUAUUUGUUUAAGCUAAAAUCAGUUGUUUUGUAUAAUAUGCCUAUAGCAGCCAGACAAAAAAUAGUUUCGAAUUUACAAAGCUCGAUUGUACAGGUCAAUUAGAAUUUAUUUUUGAAAAUAAAAUUU